GAAUUCUUCUCUUAAAGGAUGAAUCUUAAUCCCGAAGGUAUUCAAUAGUGCUUUCACGAAUAGGUCACUAUUUAACAGCGGGCAUAUUGAUAUCUUGCCAACCACUACCUCUAUCGCUUGCAAUGCUCUUGGAGCCGUCCCUAUAUUCUAUUAAUAGCAUACUAAUCUUGGAUAGUGAAGGGAAGCGCAUUUUGACAAAGUAUUAUGACUCAUCGUUCCCAACUACUAAGCUCCAGCUCGAAUUCGAGUCGAAACUGUUCAAAAAGACAAGCAAGACUAAUGGCGCGGAAAUCACGCUACUGGAUGGGGCGACAUGUGUUUACCGUAACGUAGGCGAUCUUUACUUUUAUAUCAUUGGAGAUGCUAAUGAGAAUGAAUUACUACUGGUUAGUGCCCUUCAGUGCUUAUACGAUUCUGUCAGUCAAGCUCUUAAACGAUCAGUAGAAAAGAAAACAUUAAUGGAUAAUCUAGAUUUGAUUUUCCUUAUAGUUGAUGAACUGUGCCAUAAUGGUAUACUGUUAGAGUCUGACGCAACCGCAUUGGUGUCUCGAGUUGGUGCAAGGACAGAUGAUAUCCCACUUGGAGAGCAAACAGUUGCACAGGCUAUUCAGAAUGCAAAAGAACAAAUACGCAUGUCUUUGAUCAAAUAGUUUAGUAAAACGUACAUUUUUUUGAUGGAAAAUAUGGAUCGGUGAAUGAAUACCAAUUUUUGUAUCUAUUCCAACAAUUAACAUAACAAUUUUUGAUAUUUUUUCUUCAUUUAUUCCGAAGACUGCUUGUAAAUGUUUACGCUGAGUUAACUAAUUCAAAAACCUUUAUUACUGUGUGCAAUAGUAUGCACUAGCUUAUUUCAUAUUCUGGAUUAUACUUCUCGAAUCAUACCUUCGAUUCCUAAUCUUUUCAACUACCUCUAAUACUGCUAUGACGUCUACUACUAUGGGAUUUGGACGGACAAUUCCACGUCUCAGUCAUGUAGGGCAGCUUCAACUGAUGUACGUACGUACCAAGUGCUAUGUUGCAGCUGACUGUUUGUAAAGUACACAAUAAUAGCUGGUUGAAAACUUAUAGUACAUGAUGGGGCCAACACUGCAACAUGCGAUUUUCUCGUUAAAAGCCACAGAAUGAAAGGAGGUUCUUAUCUAGAUAGGUUUCUUAAGACCCC